AUGGGGACGACAACUGGCCGCAUGCCAUGCGUGAUUCGCCCGUUGCAGCAGCGCCCAGGUGGCCUCGCAGACAGGCAGAAUAGGCAGUCUCCUGGCCAGGACGCUGCUAAACUCAGAAUGGCUCGCUCCCUGCCCUGUCCUGGCUAUAAGUUAGUGAGGGUGUUGACUGGCCCUGUUCCCCUCCCCCCUCCUGCCCCUCGCGUCGUCUGCGUGUUGUCGCCGCCGCCUCCGCCGACCGUCGUUUCCGAUAAGCCUCCUCACUAUCGUCGUCACUACUUCCCUGCCGUCAUCCUCCAACUGCCCUCCGCCCGCUUGUGCCUCCUCGCUCUCAUCCCUCUGUCCAUCUCCAUCGUUCCUGUCAUCCGGUGCUCGCCUGCCAUCCGAUCCUCAUCAGCCCCGUCCUCUGCCUUCGGUGCCUGUGCCCGUGCCGUCCUUUUUUCAUCAUCAUCGCGGGCCUCCCGAUCCCUCUUACUCGUGCGGCACCGUGGGACGCGCCUGAACCUCGUCGCCUCCGAUCGAUCGCUCCCCUGGCCGACCCGUCAGUUCCUGGGACUCUCGCCUGGCUUUGUUCGCCCGAACCCGCCUUUGGAAGAAAUGUUCCGGCGCUGUUGA